GAAUCAUAUUCUUGGACUGAAUUGUCAAAUGGGUCAGCUUCACUGUUGUCGAGUUCCCACCGAAGAAUUUGGUCGGUUACGGAUCUUUUGCUCAAGCUUUUAAGCUCUGGAAAGAAAGGGAAUGCAAGAGAUGCAAGAAGCUAGCCCAAGCUCGAGCAAGAAGAUAUCAGCUGCAGCAGCAAGAGCUCACACCAGAAGAAACAGAGCCACCACCAGUAACAGCAGCAUCAAAGGGAGACUCAAUUCCAUUUCAGCGAUGUUUGUGCCUAUAGCAAUGGCGUUAACAGUGGGAGCUUUGGGAUGGGUUUAUCAGUCCUUAAAGCCUCCGCCUCCUAAAAUUUGUGGGUCUCCUGGUGGACCUCCCAUCACUUCUCCAAGGGUACAGCUUAGGGAUGGGAGGCAUUUGGCCUACAAGGAGAUGGGAGUUGCUAAAGAAGAAGCUAAGCACAAACUCGUCAUCAUUCAUGGAUUCGAUAACUCCAAAGAUAUCAACCUUCCUAUCCAACAGUUGUUGAUGUUUGAUUCCUUGAUUAUCUUCCAGGAACUUAUGGAGGAACUGAGCUUAUAUGUGCUGACGUUCGAUAGGGCAGGAUAUGGAGAGAGCGAUCCAUAUCCUUCCCGAUCGGUCAAGAGUGAAGCGUACGAUAUUGAAGAACUUGCUGAUAAGUUGCAGAUUGGGUCUAAAUUCUAUGUCAUGGGGAUCUCGAUGGGUGCCUAUCCUGCCUAUAGUUGUCUGAAAUAUAUACCACAUAGGCUGGCUGGAGUUGCCCUGGUGGUUCCAUUUGUGCACUACUGGUGGCCAUGUCUACCUGCAAACCUAUCGAGGGACGGCUUACAGAAGCUUCUUCCCAUGGAUAGCAGGGCGUUUCGCGUUGCUUACUAUGCUCCUUGGCUGUUCCACUGGUGGAUGACCCAGAAGUGGUUCCCUUCCUUGAGCCUCACCGCUGGAAACAUGGCCGUUUUCUGCCCUCAAGACAUGGAGAUGAUCGCUGAGAUGUCGAAAUCUCCAAAUCCACAUCAGGAGAAAGUGAAGCAGCAAGGUGUUCAUGAAUCUCUAUACAGAGACAUACUUGCCGGGUACUCGAAAUGGGAAUUCGACCCCACGGACUUGAUCAACCCAUUCCCCAACAACGAUGGGUCGGUCCACAUCUGGCAGGGCGCCGAGGACAGGAUCAUUCCUCGCGAGAUAAAUCGUUACUUGGCGGAGAAUAUUCCGUGGAUUCAGUACCACGAGGUUGAAGAUGCUGGGCAUUUGUUCAUCUUCCAGAAGGAGAAGGUCGAGACGGUUUUACGAGCACUGGUGCAGGACUAGAAGCCUAAGUGAUCUUCUAAAGCCAGUCAUAGACAGUAGCAAUCUGCUCCAAUGAAAUUAACCCUUAUAUGAGUCUAAGCUGUGAAAGCAGACAUGAAAGUGUUGCUGUAUGUGAGCAUAACCUUGUGUGGAAAGCAAGGCUAACAUGCAAGUGUGAGCUACUGGAACUUGUGUAGGAACAGAGAAGGUAGAAGUGAAGAAAUAGAAUAAAAUGGGCUAGAAUUGUAGUGGGCCUACACCAAACCAACCCAUCAUAUCUGAUGGACCUCCAGGUGUUGAGAUUUACUGGACGGAGCCCAUUUUCAUAAACAAUGGCGGCUAUACACAGCGGGCCCAUAGCAAGAACAAUAUGGAGAAAGAGGGAGACAGGCUCAUGAAAAAUGUGAAUAGGCACUUAAUUCAGUCAAUUGUCUUCUUCUCAUGAUAAACCUAACGUCCCCACCAAGGCACUAUACAUAAUACUGAAUUUCUCUAUUUAUUUACCCCUAUCCUUUGAGCUUCUGAUGCACGGAACGUGGAUGACUCAAGUUGUUACGAGAGAACAAAUAGAUCAAUUUUUUUCCGGUAUGUAAUAUUUGCAGUAUUCGUACGAUUUUCUCAAAGGUAAUAUUUUCGAUAUUAGCACGAUUUUAAAGG